AUGUCAGACGCAAUUUCAAUUCGUGUUGCUGAAGAAGGUGAUCAUGAUGUAGUCAGAGAUUUCCUUGCUGUUUAUUAUUAUCCGGAAGAGCCGAUAACAAACGCUCAUCCUCAACCCGGCCACACUAAAGAUGAUGAACAUUUUACAAUGUCUCAUUUGAAGAAGGAAACAAUUUUGAUGGCAACGAAUAAAGAGAAUGGUGAAAUUGUGGGUGUUCUUGUCGCUGGUCCAUUGUACCUCGGUGAUGUUGAGGGAAUGAUUGAAUUAGCGAAGAAAGCUGAAUCCAAGAAAUGGGCUGACAUAAGUCUCUUCCUUGCUUACAUUGAAAAGAAAGCGAGCGUUCUUAAACGAUUAAAUGUUUCCAGUUCACUUCAUGUUCAUGUAGUUGCUGUGAAUUCAACUUACCGAGGACAAGGAAUCGGUCAGAAACUCUUCAAUGCAUGUUUCGAUAAUGCGAAGCGACUUGAUCAUCCAAUUGUUAGCGCUGAUUGUACAAGUAUUUACACAAACAAUAUUUGUGAUCGUCUUGGGAUGGAUUGUAUAUCGACCGUAACGUAUGCCGAAUAUAAUGAAUUUAUAGACGAAAAACUCUUCACACCAACCGAACCGAAUGUUGAAAUAAAAACUUAUGUGAAGAAGAUUGACGACUAA